UUAUCAAAAAUUGUGGUUUUAGUUGGUUCGUUAAGGUUUUUGGAUGAGUUUGGCCCAAUGGAAGUAUCUCUGCGUUUAAUGGCAAUUGGCAAUUCAUGUUUGAACUUUGAAGCCACUGCUUGUGCCGCUGUGCGCAAUGUUAGGGUUGAGUUUUUUGUGCUGAAAGUCAUUCUUUAGUAGUUGAGUAGGAGAACAAUGUCUACUGGGAGCACAAAAUUGGUGGUUCUGGGUGUUCCUUGGGAGGUAGAUGAUGAAGGCUUAAGGCAACAUAUGAGCCAAUUUGGUGAAUUGGUUGAAGCAACGAUUAUUAAAGAUCGGAUAACAAAACGUUCGCGUGGUUUUGGUUAUGUUACAUUUUCUUCUUUAGAAGAUGCAAAGAAAGCCAUGGCAGCUGAGCAUGUUAUCAGCGGGAGGACACUUGAUGUGAAGGUGGCAACCCCGAAGGAGGACAUGGUGCCACCAUUUCGAAAGAGCACUCGCAUUUUUGUUGCUAGAAUACCAUCUAGUGUGACAGAUGACAUUUUUCACAGCUACUUCUCAAAAUAUGGUGCAGUAAUUGAUGCUUACAUGCCAAAGGAUCCUGUAACAAAGCAACACAGAGGCAUUGGAUUUGUGACUUAUGAGAAUGAAGAUUCAGUGGAUCAGCUUAUGUCAGAGAGUCACGAGCUUGGAGGGUCAACAAUAGCUGUUGACAGAGCCACUCCAAAGGAGGAAUCCAGGGGAUAUAGGAUGUAUAGCCAGCAGUUCAGGACACCACGGUCCUUUGUCGUAUCACCUUCCACAGGCUAUGAGUAUGUUGACAGUGCUUCUAGAGUUGAACAUCCAACAACCAACAUUCUGCCUUGUGGUUAUAUAUCCCAAGACGGUAUUCCAAGUGCAGGACAAAUACUAAUUGGGGGGGAUGUCAACUCAGCAGGAAGUAACAAUAAUCAGGUUGUUGUGGCUGCUCCGAGAGUUGAGAAAAAGAUGUUUGUUGGCCGUAUUCCACUUGAAACAACUGCUGAAGAUCUGCAAGCCUAUUUUAGUCAGUUUGGUUGGGUUACAGAUGUUUACCUUCCAAAGGAUCCAAAGAAAAUAUCUCACAGAGGAUUUGGAUUUGUCACAUUUGCAGAUGAAGCAACAGCUGCCCGUGUUGCCCGGGUUAGACAUUUUCUUCAUGGUCGUGAGAUUGCAGUUGAUUCUGCAUCUCCUUCAGAUCGACUCCCUGGUGGUGGGCAAGGGGUGCAAGAGCUAUCAUCAGCAGCCGCUGCUAGUAUCACUGGAAAUGAUGCUUCUCUUCCUUUAUCUUCUGGUUCUACUAAAUGGGGGAAAAAGCUUUUCAUUGGUCGUAUUCCACUUGAAGCAACUUCUAAUGACCUGAGGAUCCAUUUCAGUCAGUUUGGUCCUGUCUUGGAUGUGUAUCUUCCCAAGGAUGGGAAGAAAAUAUCACACCGGGGUUUUGGGUUUGUUACCUUUGCAGAUGAAAUUUCAGCUGAAUAUGCUUCUCAAAAGGUGCACAUGGUUUUAGGUCAGAAGAUUGUGUUGGAUCGUGCUGCCCCUCUUGAUGAAGCACAAAGUGGAGGUAAUUUAGACCAUUCGUCAUCGGCAAUGGUUGAUGCUUCUAUGGAUGGGUCAUCUGCAGUCCAAGUUCGUGAUGGUCACUAUAAGAUUUUGACAAGCCAACAGUCUUACAAUCUCAUGUUAGCACAAUACAGAGGCACUGGGAAUGUAGACUUGUCCCGUGAGUAUGCCCCAAGUCGAGUUCCUAGAGCAACAGCAAGGUACAGACCUUAUUAAGUGGAGAUCUUAACCUCUUCACAGCCUCACAGCGAUUCAAUGCAAGUUGGCAGCGAUAUUAGGUAAACCCUGUUCAAUUGUAUAUCUUACUGCAAUUUUUUCAUACCUAUGUUAUGACCCAUAAGGCAGCUCCAUACAUGAUGUGAAACCAGAUUAUAUCCUCCCAAGGCCAUUUUGGUUGAGUGCUGCAGGCUGAUGAGUCAAAUUAGUGAUGUUUUUGCUUUGUCCAGUGAUAGACUUUGUCCAAUCGUGUUGUAAACCUGCAGUAAUUUAUGGCAAUUCUACCUCUCUGUAUCAUUCAGCAGUUUUUAUGAUGCAAUUGCCCUUCAUGCUA